UGAAAUUUCAAUGGCUAGAAGACGAGCAGAAAAAUAAUGAACGCAGAUGACGCUACGGUCGCCAUGAUUGACAAGGACAGGGAGCCAAUCGGAUCGCGCGUUCUUCGGGUGUGAAAGAGAGCGACAUACAACAACAGCGUAUGAUUGCUCAAAGAAAACGUCCCGUGAUGCAUUGAGCCCCCCGCCGUAACGAAAUAACGUGAUCGGUAUCGUAUGUUUAUCAGUGUUUCUUCGCGGUUUAUAAGUUGAAAAACGCUUGUAAUUUUCAUAACUCUUAAGUGGACAGAUGAUUUGAACUUCAAAUAUGGAUAUAGCGCAAAGAUUGAAUUUUGACGCCAGUGACAUCGAAGAUGAAGAACUGAAUAUCAGCUGUCAAUCGAACGGUUCAGGUUCAGGUUGUGGCAGAAAUUGGCAUCCCUUUUUACGAAAGGAGGCAACCUACCAGUAUGUCGAUGGCAUGUAGUCCACCAUAUAAGCGUGUUCGAGCGCUUAGACUGCUUGACUCACCAGCAACGCCCAAAACAUUGAUGAAGGAAAGUACUACUCUUACUCCGCUUCCAUCUAGAGGCGUAAAACUGUUUCACAUGGAGAAGCCAAAACCUCUCGCUUCUUGUUACCAUAGUCAACCCGAAAAGCCUGCAGCUAACGUUAAUCCUUUCACUUCAAAUGGUAUGGUGCUCGUUGCUAGAAAGAGAACAAGGUCCAAGCGGAGUCUGAAUAGUUCUCCUGAGCUUAGAGCACCAUCUACAGACUCAGUUGACUUAGAACAUUCAGACACCGAAGUAGAGCAACCAACUAAACGUGUAGCUCUUCAUGAAUCUAACAUAUCAAGAUAUCACCAGGAAUUUCUGGAGCUCGAGUUGAUUGGCGUUGGAGAGUUUGGGUCUGUUUUCAAAUGUAUCAACAGGCUAGAUGGUUGCAUCUAUGCAGUGAAAAAAAGUAUCAAACCAGUUGCUGGAAGUGUAAAUGAAAAAAAUGCGCUCAAUGAAGUAUAUGCACAUGCAGUACUUGGCAAACAUCAACAUGUAGUUCGCUACUAUUCUGCAUGGGCAGAAAACGAUCACAUGGUUAUUCAAAACGAGUAUUGUAAUGGCGGUAGUUUAGCAGAUGCAAUUUCAAAACUACAGGCUGAAAAAAGGAACUUUACUGAAGCUGAAUUGCGUCAACUUCUGAUACAUAUUGCUGAGGGACUCAGAUAUUUACAUUCAAUGCAGCUAGUCCACAUGGACAUCAAACCAGGCAAUAUCUUCAUAUCGAAAGAAAAAAGACUACGCGCUGUAGACUACGAUUCUGCAGAUGAUGGUUUUGACGAGGAAGACACAGUCGAAGAAGAAAUUACUUAUAAACUUGGAGACUUGGGUCACGUUACUUCGAUUAACAAUCCGCUAUUUGAAGAGGGUGAUUGUAGAUAUCUACCUGCUGAGAUCUUACAUGAGGAUUUAGCCCACAUGCCUAAGGCUGAUAUCUUUGCGUUGGGAUUGACUAUUUAUGAAGCUGGGGGUGGUGGCGCGUUACCUAAAAAUGGUCCUGAUUGGCAUGAAAUUAGGAAUGGGAAGCUAAAGGAACUGCCACAAUAUAGUAGAGAUUUUAACGAGCUAUUGAAGCUUAUGAUUCAUCCGAAGCCUGAGAUGCGGCCGUCAGCAGUAACGCUGAUUCAACACAGAGUCCUAUGUCCUUUUGGAAAAAAAACUAAAGCACAACUUAGGCGGGAGUUGAAUGCAGAAAAAUUGAAGAAUGGAAUCCUGUCGAAACAACUCCAAGAAGCUGCUAAGUGCCUGAAGACACUAGCGCCCAAUAUGACUGCUAUGAAUACUACAACUAAUCUUGGAGGCUAUAGGCUAAGGCCUACACCGACUAGAACCUCAUCUCGAACUGUUGGGAAAAAGGUCAACCGUAGCAACAGCGCAACUAUCUUUUAAUACCUAACGAUUUGUUUAUUUAUUAGAGGAGAGGGAAAAAAGUCAACGCAUCCCAAAGACAGGUGUAAUGCCAGGCGAUGCAUUGAUGUUGUGAUAUGCAAGUAAACUUAGUACGUAAGUCGAAAUGUAAUAAACUUUAAACAAAACAAAAUUCGGUGCGUAGAGUAAAAUGCAUUGCCGUAUAUUUAUUUUGAAGUUUAGCUAUAUGACUCAUAUGACAAGGUAAUAAGUCGUAUAAUUUACGGGGUAAAAGAAAAUUUUUAGGGAAUUGAGUCUCUGUCGUGGUUGACAAAUAUUUUUCUGUACUAACAUGCGUAAAAUUUAGAUCUAUGUGCUCUAUUUUUGCUUCAAACCGUGCUUUGUCAUUGCUUUUUUUUUUUUUUAAAUCAGUAUCCCAAAAACAGAUAUAGAGACGUUACCGUGGCAAAAUCUUUACCGGUAACGAGUUUAAAUGACAGAUGAAUAAGAUAUAAAUACCCUGCACAGACAGCACUAUUCGCAGGAUUAUUGAAAUGCUGGCAUUUUUCGUGGAAAUUUGUUUGGGUGGCCAGAUAAAGUGAAAGGAUCAUUAUUUUCUCCUUAUCACUUUUUAAGUUAUAAUUUGGUUGCUAAAAUCAUGUUUAUUCUAUUCCUUUUUUGUGUGUGCUGAAAACAUCGUAAACAAAUUCUGCCUCUUGUGGUAACCCAUUGUCGUAUAUAGAAAUUUGACUCUGCAUGCUACACAAUAGUAAAAGUAUACUCACGCUAUUAGAUAUGCGGAGUGAAGUGCAGUAUAUUUUCUGAACUGAAACUUUAUUUUUUUAUCACGCUGAAUUAUUUUUUAAUAAUUUUAAUGAGUACCUUUUUCAGUAUGCAUCAAAUAUCUUAUCACACUACAUGUACUCUAUUAUAUGUUUCACAUAGAAUAGAUGUUGAAUAAUUAAACUAAACGUUAGGAGCAAAAUAUGUUAUUUUUAGUCUCUAGUUACGUUUGAGUUACUAGGUUCAAAUUUCAUUUUUCUAUUUACCGAUAUUGUAGUUCCUUCAAAUGGCAACUCCUGUUUGUUGUUGUUAUAACUUGUGAGACGUGUAUACACUAGUAUGAAUUACUCGAAAAAACGUGGUUUAAUAUUUAAAACCUGCAACAGUUGGUGCCUAUUCUUCCAAUAACUACGUAGAACAGUAUUUCAGUUACAAAUAUGUUGAUUUUAAAAUCAGAUGCAUGAAUAUUAUUUGUUUUCUGCCAUAUCGUGCAGCUGACAGCUUUUUGUUAAGAAUGGAAAUAAGACAGAACGCAAAAAACAUGACCGAACUAAUAGAUAAUUAACUACAAACCUUACAGAAUAUUUUAGAAACAUAACUUUCGCAUGAAUUUUCCGUAAAUUAAUGUAUAUACCACGGUAACCGAAUUUUCACAGUUACACGUAAAAAUUCGUCAUCUUGUAAAUAAUCACUGCCCAGAAUUGUUCUUAUACCCACGAAAAUUACUAUAUUGUAUCUAGUUAUUGCAUCAGAAGUAAUAGAGUUAAAAUUUCUGACAUCUAAUAUUGACGCUAGUACUGCAUAUCCAUGCUCGUUUAUCUUAAACGUAUUCAAAUAUACUACGCUAUAUUUAUAAUAAAAUCAUUUCUCAUCACUUUAAAAAUAUAUGUCAUUGCCAUAUCCAUGACACAAAGCCUAUCAAUUUUUGUUUUUGUUUUUUGUUUUGUUUAUUUAUUCUUUUGACACAGUACGUAUAAAAUUAUCCGAUUUUAAGCAUUUUAAUUGCAUCUUUCGCACUGUAUUGAAAAGUGUCAUUUUACGCACCAACAGCAGUGCGAAAACUUGAAGUUUACGCAUACCAUGUCAAAAAAUAAAUUACGAAACAUGUGCGUAAAAUCACAUUUUACACACUAGUUGUAUAGUAUACAAUCGUACAUUACGUGCAUCCACCCCUAUUAAAGUCAUUUAUAAUAUGAAAGUAUGUAUAAUUUGGUGUACCAAAUUAGUAACGAAAUCAUUGCCGAAUGUGAAAACGCGUACCGUAAUUCAGUUACUAACGAAUACACUCAAUUACAAAGUUAAGGUUUUGUUGUAAUUUCCGUUUGAAAACGAAAUAUAACUAUGAAACUAGAAAUCUG